UAUAAGCAAAUUAAAGGAUCGUUUUCCGAUCCCGAUUAACGGUGUGCGCGCGAGAAGGUCUCAGGCUGGGUCUAACAAUUUCUUUGAAUCUCUCUGUUUCUUUAACGCAAAUGUCGCAGCUUUUGGACAAGGCCAAGAACUUCGUGGCAGAGAAGUUGGCCAACAUAGAGAAGCCAGAGGCCUGCAUCGACGACGUUGAUUUCAAGCGCCUGAGCCGGGACUCGGUGGAGUACCUCGCUAAGGUCUCCGUGAAGAACCCCUACGGACAUGCCCUGCCCAUUUGCGAGAUCUCUUACACCCUCAAGAGUGCCGGCAGGGUGAUUGCAACAGGGAAGGUGCCGGACCCAGGGUCACUGAAGGCCAACGACACGACAUUGCUGGAGGUAUCGAUGAAGGUGCCACACAGUGUGUUGGUGAACUUGGCAAGGGACAUCGGUGCAGAUUGGGACAUAGACUAUGAGCUGGAAGUGGGUCUCACCAUUGAUCUCCCCAUCAUCGGUGACUUUACCAUUCCCCUCUCCACCAAGGGAGAGAUCAAGCUACCCUCCAUCUCUGACAUCUUUUAAAUCUCUGUCUGUUUUAAAGUUUGCUUGUAUUUUCUUACGCUUGCUGGCUCUACCUAUAAUGGCUGUAGAAUAAGCUCGAAAUGGUGCAUAUAUAUAUAAAUAAACAAGGAAAUUUUCGAUCCCUUUAA